GACCCUCCCUCUCCUUCGUCUCGACUUCCCCGCCCAACGCAGGGGCGUCCCGGUUUCUAUGGCUUGCUUUGCCGUAAAGCGAGCAGAAAUGUCCCGAUUCCUGUCCCCGGACCUGAUCCCGACACAGACUAUGUUCCGACAUAUUGCAGAAAUAAUGGCUAUUGCAGCUGUUUACCCUGCUCUAAACCAAGAUGCGAUGUGUUGGGCGUCAUCCAAGUGACUUUACCACGGAGCCAUGUUGUUGGGCAGUAGUAGCGGAGGAGUUGGUGUGGUCGGCCUCCCUGUGGAGGUGUGGAGGGUGGUCUUGGCCUACCUGCCCCUCCCAGAGCUGGGCCGCUGCAGCCUAGUCUGUCGGGCCUGGAGGGAGCUCAUCCUGUCCCUGGACAACACCCGCUGGAGGCAGCUCUGCCUGGGCCUGCCCGAGUGCCCCCGACACCCCAACUGGCCCAGCCGCCCCCACCUGGAGCCGUCCUCCUGGAGGGAGGCCCUGAGGCAGAACGCCCUGGCCAGCCGGACCUGGUCGCGCCACGCCCAGCCCGAGCUCCAGCCCUCCGCCUGCCUGCACCUGUUCCGGCGGCGCAAGGAGCGGAGGGUCUGGCAGGUCGGGCCGGGCCGGGAGCUGGAGACGCUGAGGGCGGCGCUGGCCGUGGCGGGGCCGUACGAUCGGGUGGUGCUUCACGCCGGGGUGUACGAGGAGCAGGCGGAGCUGGUGAUGAAGGUUCCUGUGGAGGUGGUGGGUUUGGGUUGCCUGGGCGACGUGGCCCUCCUGGUGAGUCUGGAGCAGCAGUGCCCCACGGCGAGGUUCUGUAACCUGGUCUUCAUGCCGGCAUGGUUCUCCACUGUGGUCUACAAGACAUCCUCAGGUCAUGUCCAGCUGGAUAAUUGUAACUUUGAUGGUGCCCAGCUGCAGGUCCGAGGCCCGGGAACCUGCCACGCCCGCUUCUGCUCCUUCUCACAGGGAAGCUCCACCCACUUCAUGGGCGUGGCCCUCAGCUUAUUGGACAGUUGUGACUUUUCAGGAAGUGACUCGGCGUCUGUGACAGUUGAGGGAGCCCCGGUGACAGAGCGGAACUGGGCCUGUAAACAUCUGGCUGCUCUGGCCCGUGUCUCCACAUCCUGGGCCUCGCCUGGAAACGCUAGCCCAGCCGGGGACAGCUUGGAUGGGCAGGGUGGGACCCCAGUGCCCCCCGGGGCUACCGUCACCCCGGAGGACUGGAACAAAGGCAAGACGAGAGAACGAGGAGGAGAGGAAGGAAUGUGUCAGAACACGGUGAUUGAUGACGGCUGGAGCGACAGUGAUCCAAGCGAGGAGGAGGAGGAGGAGGAGGAGGAGGAGGAAGAGGAGAACAAAGUAGAGGAAGGUUCCGGACGAGUCGCUGUGAACAACAACAGUGUAAAAUACAGACUGGGCCACAGUCGGCAUGGCCUCUCUCACCUCCUGAAGCCCCUCCCUGACGGCUCCCUGCCCUCUCGCGCCUCCCCCAACCCCCCCUCACUGACCCCUGAACUCCGAACCCUGGCUGAGGAACUGCAGCGCGACCCAGAAGCCCAGGCGCUGGUCGGGUUGGUGCAGGGGUGCGUGCUGAGGCGCUGCCUGUUCCGGGACGGGAAGGGAGGUGUGCACGUGUGCAACCAUGGCAACGCCAGGAUGGAAGGGAACGUGUUCCGAGGGCUGACCUACGCCGUGCGCUGCAUCCAGAACGCCAUGAUUGUGAUGCUGUGUAACGAGGUGUGUGAAUGCCGUGGAUCAGGGGUGUUUCUUCGCCUGUCGGCCCAGGGUCUCAUCGCAGACAACAACAUUCACUCUAACGGAGAGGCGGGGCUUGAUAUCCGCAAGGGGGCGGACCCUAUCAUCCUGUGUAACAGAAUACAUAGUGGUCUGCGUUCGGGCAUCGUGGUUCUUGGCAACGGCAGGGGUUCCAUCCGUAGCAACCAGAUCUACAACAACAAGGAGGCCGGCGUCUACAUUCUGUUUAAUGGAAACCCUGUGGUCAGUGGAAACCAUAUCUACCAGGGCCAAGCAGCCGGUAUAGCUGUCAAUGAGAGCGGCAGGGGUGUGAUUGUUGACAAUGUGAUCCGGGAGAACCUGUGGGGUGGGGCGGACAUUCGGCGUGGGGGCGACCCAGUUCUGAGGAACAACAUCAUCUGCCACGGCUACUCUGAUGGGGUGGUGGUGGGGGAGAGAGGCCGCGGGCUCAUAGAGGGAAACCGCAUCUACUGCAACAAGGGAUGUGGUGUUUGGGUAAUGUCCUCCAGCCUCCCCCAGCUGUUGAAAAACGACAUUACCCACAACCGCAUGUAUGGGCUGGCCGUGUUCUGCCGGAAGGACCCAGAUGGCGGAGCGCCCAGGGAAGGGGGACAGGACGGAGGUGGGGUAGGAGGACCGGAAGGGGGAGGUGGAGAUGGAGGGCAAGAGAACUUCCACGAGGAAGGAGAGCUGCUGGCGUGGGAGAGUGACCUGGACAGCGAGGAUGAACGGCACCCCGCACGGCGAAUCAUCAGCACGGCUCUAGUGGAGGGAAACUGCAUGAGCCACAAUGGAGCAGUAGGUUUGUACGUGAAGAGCAGUGAACCACUGAAUGUUGUUGCCAACCUAGUCAAUGGUAACCAUGGGGCCGGUGUCGCCGUGCUACAGAGCAGUCAGCUGACACGGCUGGUUGCCAACUGCGUCCAUGGAAACGGUCAUGGUGGCGUCACCGUGGAGAGGGAGUGCCGUGUGGAGCUCCGUGGGAACGGUAUAUACGACAAUGGUGGCCAUGGAGUUAGUUUCCGUGGCGACGGACAAGUGGUAGAGAAUGACGUGGUGGGUAACCGCGGUUACGGGAUACGGCUGACGGACAGUGCCGACAUUAAGGUGUUGCGUAAUCGUGUCCAGCCAGUGCAGGGGUGUGGCAUUGCAGUGCUGGGGCCGGCCAAGGCCAUUGUUCAUGACAACCUAGUGUUCCAGGGUCACCCUGGCAACGUGAAACCCCUGCUACACUGCAACCCUGGCAACGACUGCUGUGUGCUGCGCAACAACACCCUGCUGAUGCAUAGCAACAGGACAUGUCCUUCGGCCCCUCCCUGGGUUUUAGAGAACCCUCCCCCGCGCCCUCUAUUUGACCCCCCUAAUUCCCAACACCCAUCGACCACCGGGCACCCCUCCCACCUCGCCAUCUCCAUGACAACCAGGAUCACCGCCACCGUCGAGAGUGGUUGCCAUAACAAUGGCAGCGUCUUCUGCUCCAUCCUCUGAGGGUCCUUAGAACCAGCCAACCUAGCACUGGACUAGAUGUCGUCCACGCAGAGGGUCCGGAACUGAGCCCUGACUGGAAAUGUUCUGAUUUCUUCGUCAUUGUGGAACGUCAGGCUGGACAUGCUCCACUCAUCUAAACGAGAACAUAUUCCACACCGGGGCUAUUAGAAUGUGGCCUUGGGGUUCUGAAACACUGUCCAUGUAUGGGGUUCUGUCCCAGAGUUCUAAAAAUGACCAUUCCAGGGGUUCUAGAACAUUGUCCUUGGUUCUCUAGGUUUUUCAGCUGACAUUCCUUCUAGAAUUCUGACUAUAAUGUCCGGGUGUACUUCUGACAAAGUAUCCCACUGUGACUAAUAUAUAAAAAUGUGAACUUCUAUGAUUUGGAUGUAUAGUAUCCACUGGCCUACAACUGGAAUACAUCCGCUCAGUGGACUGGAGGGUUAUACUGGGCUUGGAGGAAAGGUUUAAACAGGAGGUGGUUCUGGAGGAGAUGGUUAUACUGGGCUUGGAGGAAAGGUUUUAACAGGAGGUGGUUCUGGAGGAGAGGGUUAUACUGGGCUUGGAGGAAAGGUUUAAACAGGAGGUGGUUCUGGAGGAGAGGGUUAUACUGGGCUUGGAGGAAAGGUUUAAACAGGAGGUGGUUCUGGAGGAGAGGUUUAAACUGGGCUUGGAGGAAAGGUUUAAACAGGAGGUGGUUCUGAAGAAGAGGUUUAUACUGGGCUUGGAGGAAAGGUUUAAACAGGAGGUGGUUCUGAAGGAGAGGUUUGGACAAAGUGGGAUGGGUUCUUGGGAGGUUUAAAUAGGCUGGCUCUGGAGGAGAGAUUUGGACUUAAGGGGGUUCUGGAACACUGCUCUAAAGAAGAAGUGAUGCACCCCAAAAACACCUAUCCCCUAUUGACUACAUUCACUUCCCUUCUUGGACAACCAGUACUUUUAAAUGUGUGGGGAGAAGGGGGUCACAGGUCCGAUGGGACUACAAUGUUGGGAUCUAGUAAACACCUUGUUGCUCCGUUUUAACGACAGAAACACCACAUUUGUCCCGUCGCUGCUGUUGCCCUGCCAACACAUCAGUGAUAGAGGGCGUCGUUAUAAAAGGGCAAACCGUGACAUCACUGGCAGCGCCGUUGAUGCCUCCUUUUUGAUUGGCCGAUCCUGCCUGAUCGUUCAUUCAUUCAGUGGGUGGAUCUUCAGGCAUCGCUUCAUGAAUGGGGAAGUCCCGUCCAGUGAACUGCUCAGCCAGGCCCCCUGUGCGAACACGCCUACCCUCUCUGUGGCAGGAAACUGUGUUACCGUGAGGCUCUGAUGUCACUCGCCCACAGCUGGAUGGUCAUCUCCCACAGUCCACUUGAACACUAUCCUUGACCUUUAUCUCCAAAGACCUACAUUACGGAAAAUGUGCAAUAUGUCUACAGAUGUGCCUGUUUUAACUAUGCUGGAGUGUAGUACGUUUAUUACGAUGCUUUCUGAACCACACUACAUUGUUACUAUGCUAAUUAUAGUACACAUUUCACUAUACUCCCUGAAUAUUGCACAUUUUUAAUCAUAAAUAAUUCUCCAAAUCACUGCAAACACUAGGUGGUGUUAACUCACUGUUCAACUGAAUUGUAUGACUAGAGAUAUGAGCGAACAUCAUUAAAACAAGAGUAACCAAAUGUAUCCAUUCACUACUGCAAGUCGCUCUGUAUGAGGCUAAAAUGU